UAACAAAGGUCAUUGCUUAAUUGCAGCUCCAUUUUCUGGGACAGAAGCUGGAAAACUGAUCAAAUUACAUGUUAAUUACACAGAAUGCUGUCAAAUUUUGAAGUGAAGAUACAGGACAUUCAAGAUGCUGCAAAAAGAAUUGAGCCAUAUGUACACAAAACGCCAGUGAUGACAUCCUCAACUCUUGACAGAAUGGCUGGCAGAGCAGUUCAUUUUAAGUGUGAAAUCUUCCAAAAAAUAGGAGCUUUCAAGAUUAGAGGGGCAAUGAAUGCUGUUAUUCAGUUGUUGAAUUCUCUGCCUGAUGAUCAAAGACCUGUGCUGGUGACUCACAGUAGUGGAAACCAUGCCCAAGCAAUUGCUCUUUCAUCAAAAAUCAUGGGACUGCAGGCUUUUAUUGCUAUGCCAAUAAAUGCUCCCUCAGUUAAGAAGGCUGCAGUAAGAGAAUAUGGUGCAACUAUUGUUGACUGUGGUACAUCAGCUGAGGACAGGGAAGCAACUUCUCAAAGAAUCCUUCGAGAGACUAGUAAUUCCUAUCUUAUACCUCCUUUUGAUCAUCCUCACAUUAUUGCUGGUCAGGGUACUCUUGGUCUGGAAAUAUUGGAACAGGUGCCAAACUUGGAUGCAAUAAUUGUCCCAGUUGGUGGUGGUGGUAUGCUGAGUGGGAUUGCUAUAGCUGUCAAAGCAUUGAAGCCUGAUAUAAAAAUUUUUGCAGCUGAACCUGCAAAUGCUGAUGACUGUGCUAAGUCAUUUGCUGCAAAUGAAAGGAUUCCACUUCAAGGCCCUCCUAGUACUAUAGCAGAUGGAUUGAGGACAAGUGUAGGCCAUGUAACAUGGCCAAUCAUUAAAGACAAAGUAACUGACAUCAUAACGGUCACAGAAGAAGAAAUCAUAACUGCAAUGAGGGUACUGUGGGAAAGAAUGAAGCUUCUUAUUGAGCCAUCAGCAGCUGUAGGUGUGGCAGCCAUUUUGUCAGAGAGAUUCAGAGCACUUCCUAACCUGAGGAAUGUUGCUGUAGUGUUGUGUGGUGGCAAUGUAGACCUCGAUAACCUCCCUUGGAAGAAGUAACAACUGCAAUUCAGUUUUGGGAAGAGAUGCAAACAAAUAAAUUAGGGACUACCAAAUAGCAUGCACUGGAGGUGUCUUUUCAGGACAAGUUAACAUUUAGAAGCUGGUUUAUACAACUACCCAUGUUUGAUAUGGCAUUAGAGUCCACCUUAAGGGAAGGAAGCAGAGAAAGGCAAAAUAUUAGUUAUCCUAUCCCCUCCCCUCUCUCUCUCUUUUUGACCGUUGCUCACCCCCUCCCUCCAUAAAGCAAAUUUCUUUCUCUCCCCGGCCUUCCUCUGCUGUAAAAAUCAAAGAUGGCAGCUAUAAUUUUUCACUUAGAUACUACUGAGUACUUGCCUGCCAAAAUUAUGCCUAAUCUUCAGGCCAACUACAAAGUUCAAUUUUCCUCUCAUGUGGAAUUGGUAACAUUGGUCUAGCAAGAUAUCAUGUAUUGAUGUAAAGCUGUAAUAUACCAGACAGUGAAAGGCCCCCCAUAGGAUGAUGCAUACAAAUGAGAUUGACUCACAUAGCUGAUAAGAUUUUUCAAAGUAUGUCUAAUGUAUAAUAAAAAAGUUACAUGGCAAAUAAAUUGAUACAAAUA